GCGCGGCGGUGCGCGGACGCUCACGUGAGUACUGUGCUGCUGUAGGCUUUGUAGGCUUUCCUCUGCACACCUGCUCUGCUCUGUUCAUGACUGCGCUAAGUUUCACUGUUUAAUACGCUUGUUUUAAGAUCAGCUGGCUACAGAAAGUAGCCUCACAUUUGAAGCUGGAAGAUGAAACAUUGUAUUUUCUCCUGCAUGGUGAUGAAUUAUUUGUGAGUCGUUGUUGUCUUGUGGCACUGCUCCGGUUACUUCAGCUUGUUAAAGCAGAGAAUAUCAGGAUUAGGAGAGAUGGGCAGAGGAGCUGAGCUGACAGGACCUGGAGCUGGGAGCCCUGCAGUCUUCACCUGGGAAGAGGUUCAGAGACACAGCCACAGGGGCGACCAGUGGCUCGUCAUUGACAGAAAAGUGUACAAUGUCACACAGUGGGCCAAGAGACAUCCCGGGGGGUUCAGGCUGAUCCAGCACUACGCUGGAGAGGACGCCACAGAAGCGUUCACAGCAUUUCAUCGUGAUGUGAAGUUUGUUCAGAAGUUCCUAAAGCCUCUGCUGAUUGGAGAGCUGGCAGCCGAUGAGCCCAGCCAAGACAACAAUAAAAACGCAGCAGUGGCGGCAGAUUUCCGGGCUCUCCUGACCCAGGUACAGAGUGAGGGGAUGUUUGAGGCACAGCCCUGGUUCUUCUGCCUGUACUUGGGCCACAUCCUGCUGUUGGAGGUAGGGGCCUGGCUGCUGCUGUUGCUCUGGGGCACAGGCUGGGGGCCCACACUGUUGUCCAUCAUCCUCCUCACCAUUGUACAGGCACAGGCAUCAUGGCUGCAGCACGACUUGGGGCAUUUAUCUGUUUUCAAAAGGUCACGUUGGAAUCACAUUGGCCAGAGGUUUAUCAUUGGUCAUCUAAAGGGGGCUUCUGCAAUGUGGUGGAAUCAUCGACAUUUCCAGCAUCACGCUAAGCCCAACAUCUUCAGCAAAGACCCGGAUAUCAACAUGGUGAAAGUCCUGGUGGUCGGCACUGUUCAGCCAGUGGAGUAUGGUAUCAAGAAGAUCAAAUUUAUGCCUUACCACCACCAGCAUAAGUAUUUCUUUUUAGUUGGGCCCCCUCUGAUCAUCCCAAUUGUGUUCCACAUCCAGGCCAUGUACAUCACCAUCACACGCAAGAACUGGGAGGACUUAGCCUGGGCCUUGACGUUCUACAUCCGGUACUUGUUGUGCUUUGUGCCUCUUUAUGGUGUGUUGGGCUCUUUGGCUUUCAUCACUUUUGUCAGGUUUUUGGAAAGCCAUUGGUUUGUGUGGGUGACACAGAUGAAUCACCUGCCCAUGGACAUAGACCAUGAGAAGCACCAGGACUGGUUAAGCAUGCAGCUCCAGGCCACCUGUAACGUGGAGCAAUCUGCCUUUAAUGACUGGUUCAGCGGACACCUCAACUUCCAGAUCGAACACCACCUGUUUCCAACAAUGCCGCGCCAUAAUUACCACAAGGUGGCACCACUGGUCAAGGCACUGUGUGAGAAACAUGGGAUUGUCUAUCAGAAGAAAUCCCUGACCACUGCCAUUGUGGAUGUUUUCUGGUCUUUGAAAAACUCGGGAGAACUCUGGCUUGAUGCAUAUCUUCACAAAUGAUUUGACACCCAAGUUGCACUCUUUUGUUCUAGUGUAUCGUUUAGACUUUCUAUUGUAAUUGCUUAAAGGUGCAUUAUGUAACUUUUCAAGUGAAGGGCCCUUCACCUGCUUGACUCAAAAAAUGUUAUUGCUUUGCCUGAAAUGUUCUACAGUAUGGUACAAACUUUUCUACCUUUUUAAUUUAUUCAAUUUCAGGUGUUUUCAUUGCCAGAAAUACUUGGUGGACUCACCUGCUUGUCUCCAUGGAGAUUGCAAAGGUUUAUGUCAUUUUGAAACAUUCAGACAAAACAAUUUCGAGACACUUCACCUAAAGUUGCAUAGUGCCCCUUUAAUGUUAAGAAAUCUAUUUUUCUGUUAGGGUCUUGAAGACAUGUACAAUAUCUGCUGGACAUUUUCAAAUUAAUCUCUAAGACAAAACAGCUGAAUAAAACCUGGUAGUCAUCUGAA